AUGGUGUCUUUGGUACGUUUUUCUCACACCUCACACUUCCUUACUGGACCAACCUGGAUGCUAAGCUGUGCACGAUCACCGGGUGUUGUCAAGUCCACUGAAGAGGCAGUGCAGAAUCAGCUUUUUGCCUCAGCCAACAUUUUCGUGGCAACAGAUGGGGAAAGCAAAGGUGAAGCGUGUGCUGUCGGGCUGGUUGAUGCAAAUUCAGAUCUGUCUUUCCCUUCAGGGGAUGGUUCUGAGGGUUCGGAGGAGCAAUCCCCGUUCAAACAGGAAUUGAGUGCAACUCUGUACACCGCAAAAGACAUGACGGAAGGCCAUGUUUGUUUCAUCGCUGAUUGCCAAGCCGCCAUCCUGGCUGUGUUGAAUCUCAUGUUAACGUGUUUUCCAAUGCUGGCUGGCUCGCACCAAGGCUCCCAGCUGCGGCAAAGGUCAGUGCAUGUGCUCUGGUAG